AUGUCAACUCUGGAAGGCAAGGUAGCCAUUGUGAGUGGUUCUUCAGCAGGUAUCGGCGCUGCUAUUGCCCAGGAGCUCUCGUAUCGAGGGGCUCGUGUAGUAAUCAACUAUCCUUUCUCUUCGGAAAAGGAAAACGCAAAGGCGGUCCUUUCAUCUCUGGAAGGGCCGGCCGGGUCCAUCACAGUCGAGGCAGACCUCUCUUCCACCACUGGGCCUUCCAAGCUGGUAGAGUCAGCCGUCGAAAGAUUUGGCACGAUCGAUAUUCUCGUCAACAACGCAGGCAUCAGCGCACCCUUGGACAUACGACAUGCAGACCUCGAUGAAUGUCUCAAUGCCUGGGACACCAUGGCUGGCCUCAAUGGCCGAGGGACUCUGCUCCUCACUCGUGCCGUCUUGAAACACCUGGCCAAACAGAACUCCCGCAUCAUCAACAUCUGCAGCACAACCUCACGCAAUCCAGAGCCCGGCAUGUCGGUCUACGCAGGAACCAAGGGUAUGAUCGAGAGCUUCACUAGGUGCUGGGCUAGGGAGCUGCCCCAGGAGUACGGGUGCACCGUCAACGCCGUUGCUCCAGGGCCGGUUGCCACGGAGAACGUGCUCUCCGCCCCCCCUCAGAUCCUGGAGAUGCUGAAGAAGACUAGCGAUGGGACGCCUGUUGCUCCACGGAUGGCGGAUCCUUCCGAGGUUGCGUGGACUGUGGCGACCCUGUGCGAUGAGCGGGCCGCAUGGCUUAAUGGAUUUCGGUUCUCCAUUGACCAAUGUGCCCCGUCCGUCCGUCUGUGUGAUCUAAACUCCACAUACAAGUACGUAGUCGACCAACUACCCCAGGGUUACCGAGAUAGCCGUGGUUUCCCCACGGGGAACAUCUUGAUCUGGUUGUCUCUGAAGCUUGUCGGCAUCCCGAAUUCCAUCAUGUGGUUCAACCGAGGCCACAGCAGGCCAUGCGAGAACCUUGCGCACCAUGUAGGCCCUAUUGUCGUCGUGGGUGCAGGUCCCGUUGGCCUAUUCACGGCUUUGCUUCUUGCUCAGGCCAGCGUCAAGGUCAUCGUGUACGAGAAAGGGAGCGGAAUCGAUCAGUCCCCAAGAGCAGUAGCCUACUUCCCAGCGGUUCUCGAGGAAUUCUUCAAGGCAGGAAUUCUUGAGGAUAUCAUCAAUGCCGGAGAGAAAAAUACCAAAGGAUGCGACUGGAGAGACAAGGAUGGAAACAUCCUUUGCAAGCUUGAUGUGCCUCCAGACAUGUCUGAUUUCGCUGUCAUGCUAUCGCAGCCUGAAAUGUGCGAGGUCGUCUUGGCUGCUCUCCAAAAGACCGGCUUCGCCGAUGUCCGCUUCGGGCACUCUUUUGAGCACCUUGAACAAGACGAAGAUGCCGUCAACUACUGGAUCAAGGACGAAUCUACCCAGCAAGUCACCAAGAACAGAUGCCAGUCCCUGAUUGGGGCAGACGGUGGCCGAAGCACCGUGAGAAAGAGCCUCGACAUUGAGAUGGAGGGCUUCACCUGGGAUUCUUGGCUUUUCGUUGCCGUUAACUUCGCCUAUAAUCUAGACUAUUUUGGCUGGAAGGCGGGUAACUUUAUUGUUGACCCUGAUGAAUGGAGCAUCGUCGUCAAACGUGGCAAGGGGGACAGCUGGCGAAUGGCGACAGCAAUCCCAAGACAGAUCACCGAAAGCACAGAUAAGAGAUUCGUGCUUGAAGAAGCCGAGGUCAAGAGGAUCAAGGACCGAAUCUGCCGCCUGCUUCCGGAGACACGAGCAAGAUUGAGUACGAGGCAAUGGCGCCCUACCUUACUCAUCAGCGUUGCGCCUCACGCUUCCGGCAAGCUCAAUAAUCCCGUCGGCGGGCUAGGCCUCACAACCGGUAUGCUCGACGCUGCCCAUCUUGGCCGCAGCUUGCGACAGAUCUUCAGGGAGGGGGCCAACCCAAGUGUCCUCACCACAUACGCUCGGGUCAGACGGAACAUCUUCCGUGAACGCACAGACAAGUUGACCACGUCUAAUCUGCUGAGACUCAUGUCAACAGAUGCGGCUGAUGUCAAGAAAAGGGAGGAGCUCUUUGCUCGACUGAAGGACCCCGGGGAAUUCGUCAGCAAAAUACAGACAGGGCUGCCAGACUUUGCGCUCACCUCGACCUCGGAGACAAAAUUCGACACCUUUCACGAAACGACGUGGUUCAUCUCCGUCACCCAACCCGACGACUGGACUCGGGAACAGUUUAUACAUGAGUAUAAGACGGUCCACACCGGAAUGACCAAGGGAGGCAAACAAGCCGGCUCGCCAGUGCGCCGAUACGUGCAGCUUUCGAACUCUGCCCUCACAGUGCCAGGUACAGAGCGACCUAGCUGGGAUUUUGUGACAUGCCUCACCUUUCCGAACCUCUUCAUCACUCAUGCCGGGCUUCAGGACCCCCACUACCGAGCUACAGCUGGCAAACACAUCUUCUGUCGGCUUGAUCAAAAGGGAUGCCUCGUUAGGAAAGUGGCAUAUUUCUCGCAGGUGGCGGGCGAGGAUGGUUUCAACCCUGGUGCCAUUCGCGCUUUGAUGUUCCAUCAUCGAACCGCGAAGGAUGAUAAGUUUACUGAGGAGUGGUUUCAAGAGCGAGCCAACAAGGUGACGGAACUCGUCACCUCGGAUCACAGAGUUCGCUCGUUUGUUCUUUGGCAAGAUAUAACGCCUAAACAGAUUGGCCACUUUUUCAAGGACACCCAGUUCGCUGCUGGGACAUGGCACAACUUCAAGGCUGUUGAAACCUAUGAUUUCGUUGACCAAGACGGUGCCGGCACAUUCCUGAGAGACCUUGGAGAGCGGCUCAUGAAGGCCCAUGAUGGAAAGAUAACUGUUGUCGUUGGUGAGCCUGAUGUUAUAUUCUAG